AUGAGCUACAAGUCCAGAGGCGCGUGUGGGGAUGUGUUUCUGGUGUUCCUCGAGGCAGAUUUCUCCCGUCAAUUCGCCAUGAAAAUAGUGGACAAGAAGUCCUUCACUAGCACAAUCAUAGCACCCUCAGCAACUACAAGUGGGGUGCUGCGCAACUCUGCCAAUGACUUCUUGAGCGAGGUCAACAUUCUCAAGCAGUUGCAGCAUCCUUGUAUCAUACAUGUGCAUGAAGUAUUUGACUACCCGGAUCGACUAUAUCUCGUUCUUGAGAGAGCGAUUGGUGGUGAGUUAUUUGACAGAGUUGUGAAGAAGGAUGGAUUGGAUGAGUUCACUGCGAAGCUCUACUUCUAUCAAAUGCUACUGGCAAUAGAGUACCUGCACUCAAAGAACGUCGUGCAUAGAGAUUUGAAGCCGGAAAAUAUUCUGCUGGCAAGUGAGGCGGACAUGACCCUGAUUAAAGUGACAGACUUCGGUUUGUCGAAACUGGUGGGGGAGCAGUCGCUGAUGAAAACACUUUGUGGCACCCCCAACUACCUUGCCCCCGAGAUAAUCAAGACAUCGGGCAUGGGACACUACAAUAGCAAGGUCGACUCGUGGAGUCUUGGUGUCAUCCUCUUCAUCAUGUUGGCCGCCUACCCUCCCUUCUCAGAUGAUUACAAUGACAUGCCCCUGGUUGAGCAGAUCAAGAAGGCUCGCUUCUCCUUUGCCGACCAUGCAUGGAAGUCAGUCAGCAAAGAAGCAAAGAAUCUGAUCAGCAAAAUGAUCGUUGUCAACGCUGCGAAGAGAUUCAACUGCACACAGGCACUCCGGCACAAUUGGCUCAAAGAUGAAGUAAUGGUUAAGCAAGCCGAAGAAUUGAUGAGGAAAGACAUCGAUACAAGAGAUGCGACAGCUAAAAAGCCUUCAUCAGAAGAUGUGAAUGCUAGUGUUAUGCAAAAUAUAUCACAUGAGAGCGAGGCGGACUUGCUGAAUAAUACGGUGCAACUGAAGAAAACAGACUCGUGUAAAGAAAACGCUAACCUCACUGUAGCAAAUGUAUCAGAGAAGGACAUAGCGUGGAAGUUAGAAGAAGAUUCUUCAGAAUCGUGUUCAGGUGCCAAGAAAGCAAAAGUCGAUAUGCUGAAUUGAACUUAUGCAAGCUGAACAUUCUUAAUUGAUUUUGUUUUGGUAUUAUAUUCCAACUGUCAAAGAAAAUUAACCAUUUUUGUAAAUCAUCACAUGGUUAUAUGG